AUGGAGCCACCAAUUCAUCAAGAAGAACCCGAUCGAAAAGCAGAAUAUACGAUUCCAGGAAUUCUACAUUACCUACAGCAUGAAUGGACACGAUUUGAAAUGGAAAGAGCCCAUUGGGACAUUGAACGAGCUGAAUUACAGGGUCGCAUCGCAUUUCUUCAAGGAGAACGCCGAGCUCAAGAAAACUUAAAAAAUGAUUUAGUAAGAAGAAUUAAAAUGCUGGAAUACGCCCUCAAACAAGAGAGGACAAAAUUCCAUAAAUUAAAAUACGGGACAGAUCUAAAAUUUGAGGAUAGCAAAGCCGAUGCAGUAGCCAACGAGGAAGAGAAAAAUGCUGGUCCAUUACCGAACGAAGAAAUCGGAGAUUUAACUUGGAGACAAGGAAGACAAUUGCUCAGACAAUAUUUACAUGAAAUUGGCUAUACAGACACGAUUCUAGAAGUUAGAUCAGCACGAGUACGUUCUUUAAUGGAUCAUUUGUCAUUCGGGAAAGCUACUUCUGCGGCCAAAGAUGAAAACGAUAGUAUGAUAACCAUAAUAGAAGAUGCUAUGGCUGUCAGCCCAGAAGAAGCUGCUGCUAGAGCGUUAGAUGAAUUCAACUUUCUAGUUGCAGAGGAUAAUGAAAUUGAAGCUGAUGAAUCUACAGCUGACAAAAAUGCUGCAAAAAAUCGUAGCGAAAAAUUAGGCUUAGGUAAUUUAGAAAUGCAAUCUGAAUGGAACGUUGAUGCAUCAGCAAUCGAAAAAAAAUUUCGAAUUGUAGUCCUGCUCGUACACUCUUUUAAAGUAAAUCACAAACGUUAUUAUUCUUUAGGACCUACAAGAUCGUCGUUACAAGCAAUGCUUGUCAAUCUAGGAGAAGAUGAAGGUUCCUUCUCAUCAAAAGGAUUCGGUGGCCCAGGCGGUGACUUUGGUAAUCCAGAUAUGGAACAACCUGGAUUACGAGGUGUUAGACCGUUUUCUGCUAGUAAACCAAUUGUUCUUGGUGAUGAAUCUGUCGAGGGUGCAAUUAGUUUAGGCGAUUUAGCUGGUCUUUCGAUAUCCAAUGAAGCUGAAGCUCUCAACAACGAGUCUGCGUCUUCCGGAAUAAUGCCUCAACAUAAAACUUGGACCUUAAAAUAUACCCUCAGAAGUCAUUUCGAUUGUGUUCGGUCGUUAGCAUUUCAUCCUUACGAGAAUUUAUUAGUAUCGGCAUCGGAUGAUCAAACGUUGAAAUUAUGGAAUUUGCAACAAAAAGGACAUGUAUUAUCUUCUUCUAGGAAUAUGCAACCUGAAAUUGAGCCACUUUAUACGUAUCGUGGCCAUAGGGGUGCCAUUUUAUGCACUACCAUUUCCUCUUCUGGAGAUACAGUCUAUAGUGGCAGCACGGAUGGCGAAAUAAAAUGCUGGUCACUUCCUUCCAUUGAAAGCGAUCCAUACGACAGCUUUGACCCUAGAAUAGAAAAGGGAGCUUUGUCAGGGCAUACAAAUGCGGUCUGGAGUAUUGCCGUACAUCCCGAUAGUGAACACAUUAUUUCAUGUUCUGCCGACGGUACCUGUAAACUGUGGAGACCUGGCACCCUAGCCACACCUUUGAUCGCUACUUUUACUGCAAAUGAAGAUGAUGGGAUGCCAACGUCAGUUACGUUUUUACGUAAUGACUGUAAUCAAAUGGCUGUAUCCUACACUUCUUCGCAAACUAUUAUAUUUGAUUUACAUACUGCAAAGCCAAUUCUGCGCCUUAAUUGCGCUCAAAGCUAUGAUGGCACUUUAAAAUCUCAGAUAAAUAAAAUUACCUCCCACCCAACCUUACCUUUACUUAUCACUGGCCAUGAAGAUCGAUUCAUACGCUUCUUUGAUACAAACAGUUCUCAAUUGGUUCAUUCUAUAACUGCGCAUAUGGAUGCUGUAACAAGUUUAGCGAUUGAUCCUAAUGGAUUGUAUUUGAUUUCAGGAAGUCAUGACUGUUCGAUACGCCUGUGGAAUAUAGAGAGGAAAAGUUGCAUUCAAGAAAUGACUGCACAUCGUCGAAAAUUUGACGAAUCUGUGCAUGAUGUCGCGUUUCAUCCAUCCAAACCCUUCGUCGCUAGCUCUGGCGCUGACUCUGUCGUAAAAGUCUAUGUUUAA